UUUUUUUUUUUUUUUUGGUUUUACAAUAAAACAUGAAAACCUGCAGUUUGUGAUGUUGAGGUAGAGGCAGCCUCCAGGGUUGAUACCACUGCCUUUAAUGGUGCCCCUGGCCACACCUGCCUGCUCAUGCGGAAGGUGCCUGAAGGCGUGUGGGUGUCUGGCAUGUUGAUAGACAGCCUCUUACUGCUGCCCUGCCCAGCUGGAGCUGUGACCCUAGCUUCCCCAAGCCUGUCAUGUUGUGGGAAGUGUUGCUUCUCAGCCUCCAACCCUGGGUCUGCCAUGGGUUGAGGAACAGGUGGUGAGACCUAGGACACAGUGCAGCUGAGCAGCCUCAGCUUCGUGCCUUGGGAUGGAUAGGUAUGGACACAGCAGGAGAUGCCAGGCUAGGAGAAGGCUGGUAUUUCCUGAUUUGUCUGCCUGCUUCCCUGCGGGGAUGGUGCGCUUGAGGAGGCAGAUUCUGGGCCAUCUAGUUUAUGGGGAGGUGGAGACAAGAGUAGGCUGGGCCUAAAAGUGGCUUCCCUUCUCAUACAACCUGCUGUUUGUGGAGGGGGGGCGGAGGGUGUUGCCAGAGGUUUGUCAUGAUUCUAGGUCUCUGGAGCUGCUCUGCCAAGUUCCUGCCCCUUGUCAUCCUGGGUUUGAAUGAAAUGGGUGCCAUGAAUUCUGUCAUCUACUCCACUGGAAGGGGCGGGACCCAGUGUAGUCCCUCCCUGGACCAGGGCCUCAAAUACCUGUGGGUGCUUUGACAUCAGUCACUGAGAGUAUACAACUGCAGUUCAUCUUGGGUUAAAAUAGGUCCCCAGUUCCCACUGGCCCAGGACCCCUGAGCUACUGACACUUCAUCCACUGUCCGGUAAGUCUUGGGGCUGGGCUGAGCUUCCAGUCUUUCAGAGGGAAGACAUCAUGGGCCAAGAGCCCAACACACUACCUUGGGAAGACGGGUGCCAUACCUGGCCGGUUAGACUGAUCAAUCCAGGUCUCUGUGUUACUCUGGGGUAGGUCCCUCCCAGGCUUUCUGCUUUGCCAUGGGUUGGCCCCAGGCCCUGAUGGCUGUUCUCUGGGCCCUGGGCGCCGUGGGGGCCUCAGCACUGCGCAUUGGAGCCUUCAACAUCCAGAGCUUUGGUGACAGCAAAGUGUCAGACCCAGCCUGUGGCAGCAUCAUAGCACAGAUCCUGGCUGGCUACGACAUCAUGCUAGUGCAGGAGGUGCGUGAUCCAGACCUGAGCGCGGUGUCCGCGCUGAUGGAGCACGUUAACAGCGUGUCCAAGCACAAGUACAGCUUUGUGAGCAGCAAGCCGCUGGGACGGGACCACUACAAGGAAAUGUAUCUGUUUGUGUACAGGAAAGACACAGUGUCUGUUGUGGACACAUACCAGUAUCCAGACCCGGAAGAUGCCUUCAGCCGGGAGCCUUUCGUGGUUAAGUUCUCAGCACCUAGCUCUGCUGCCAAGGAGCUGGUGCUCAUUCCCCUGCACGCCGCGCCGCACCAGGCUGUGACAGAGAUCGAUGCGCUCUACGAUGUGUACCUGGACGUGAUAGACAAGUGGGGCACUGAUGACUUGCUUUUCCUGGGCGACUUCAAUGCGGACUGCAGCUAUGUUCGGGCCCAGGACUGGGCCUCCAUCCGCCUGCGCAGCAGCGAGGUCUUUAAGUGGCUCAUCCCCGACAGCGCUGACACCACGGUGGGCAACUCGGACUGUGCCUAUGACCGCAUCGUGGUGUGUGGCUCCCACCUGCGCAAAAGCCUGAAGCCCCAGUCGGCCUCCGUGCGCGACUUCCAGGAGGAAUUUGGCCUGGAUCAGGCCCAGGCUCUUGCCAUCAGCGACCAUUUUCCUGUGGAGGUGACUCUCAAGGCACACUGACAGCUGAGGCACGGGUAUACUACCCACUGGCUGGCCACAAGGAAUGUCUCCGUGAUGAUCAGUCUUGGUGGCGAGUCACCCACCAUUGAGGUUGCGGGACAAGGUCAGCUGAUGUGGAUGAAUAGCCAGACAUAGGACUACUCAGUCUCCCCAUCUGUAAGAUGGGGCAUCACCACCUACCUCAGUUGUUGUGAAGAGUACCAGUGAAGGCACCAGAGCAAUGCCUGGUUUACAGCCGUGUGCUUUAUUAAUAAACAGGCUACUCUGGGGGAGGACUACACAGGUUGGCUGAAGCCUCUGACCUUUCUGACAACCCUGCUUCUCUGGGGUGCAAGCCUUGGUCUUGCUGCCUGUCUUGCCAUGACUCUUAGGGAGAUAGCCAAGCCCUGCCCUUCAUGUCCUGGAGGAAAUGGGCCACUAUUACAGAAGCUCCCUGUUUUACAUCCUUUGGGUAGUCUGCAAAUUCUAGGGGUCUGACCCUGAGCUCAGCUUGGUGGUAACAGCUUCCCAGGCCCUGGUGGAUUUCCUCACAGGCAGUGGUCCACCUGGCCUUCAGGCACUCGCCUAAAUCCUAGGCCCUGUCUCACCCAGCCCUGUGUGGGCAGUCAGGGAGGCCCUGCGACUCCUCACAGGCAGUCUACUUCCCAGAGCUGUGUGCGCCCCUCGCUUGGAAUACAGUACUUUCAUAGUGC